AGAGACGGUCCCGUACAUAAUGCGCGCUACGGCGGGCGGGGCAAGCAGAAGGUUCUGGCAGUUGGAGCUCUUGGUGGAGAGUUGCUGUGGCUUGCGCGUAACGGUUGCAGCUGCCGCUACCGCUGGGGUUAUUGUUUCGCCAUGGCCCGUGGGAACCAGCGUGAACUUGCUCGCCAGAAGAACAUGAAGAAAACUCAAGAACAGAACAAAGGAAAAAGAAAAGAGGAUGCUUUGUCUGCUUCUCAGAGGAAACAGAGAGAUUCUGAAAUCAUGCAGCAAAAGCAGAAAGCAGCUGAUGAGAAGAAGUCUCUUCAGGGAGGAGCAAAAUAGUUUAUUGGCUACAAAAGGACCCAAAUAUGCUGCAGUGCAUCUUGAAAUACAGGGCCUAAAAAAGACAUAUUUCUAAAAGUAGCCACCCAUUAAAUGGUUAAUGUUUAUCUUCUCUUUGCUCACUUGUCCAGUAUGCAUUUAUUUUAGAAUUUUUGGUUAGUAUAGUGCAGCUGCAGCUGACUUGGCUUUAAUUGAAUUACUAGGAUCUGUUCCAAUAAAAUUGGACUCUCAAUUCCCUUUGCAUGUCUAUUAGUAACGGUAGCAAUAGCUUGACUGCAGUUUUCAUUGUUACAAUGUUGGCUCAGUAAAUGGCUUGUGUAACUGUACUAGUUAUCAAAUAUGCAGGUAAACUGGGGACCUUUAACAUUCAAAGGUAGCAUACUUUAAAAGCCCAGUUCUCUGCACUUGCUUUCCAAUUUGUAAAGGUCAGCUGUAAAGUUAAUCUAAAUUAUUUUUACAAUAAAAAUGUUGCAUGAAGUACUGUGUAGUUUGAAAUGGGUGCUCAAAACAGCUGCAAUGGGCUUUGAUUGUUGCUGACAUUUUGGUACAAUCUACAGUUCUUGGAUCAGCACAACCAGUUUUAAAGCCCUAUUGUGUGCAGCCUGAAUACUCCUCAUUCUUUGGUUACCACUGAACAAGGUUCCUUAAACAUAUUGUAUAAAAACUUCAAUUAAAAUCUGAUAUGAAUGAAAA